CACCAUCGUCCCCGAGUGCUCAAAAAUUUCUCCGAAAAUCCAAAAAAACCUCCCUCCAGGUAUUUCUAACCUCAAAAUAUUGACCAGUAAUUAGAAAAAUCAAAAAUGAUCUGUCCCCCUAAUACCCAUAAAUCUUCCUAAAAAUCAUUUCUCCGUACAAUCAAAAAAUAAUUAAUCACGCUAUUGACCAACGUAGUUGAACGACGUUUAGAAGUCAGCCAUCUUGCAAUCCCUAAUCAAAGAUCUUUGGCUAGCGGGUUUCGUUGUCUGGUUUUCGGCCAGUUAAUAUCAACACACAGUUCAUCAGAUGGCUUUAAAACGAAUUAAUAAGGAACUUCAGGAUCUUGGAAGGGAUCCCCCUGCACAAUGCUCAGCUGGACCUGUAGGAGACGACUUAUUCCAUUGGCAAGCGACCAUUAUGGGACCACCUGACAGCCCUUACCAAGGAGGAGUAUUUUUCCUUACAAUUCACUUCCCCACAGACUAUCCAUUCAAACCUCCCAAGGUGGCAUUCACGACCAGAAUUUAUCAUCCCAAUAUUAACAGUAACGGAAGUAUUUGCUUGGAUAUUUUGAGAUCGCAGUGGUCUCCAGCACUCACUAUAUCAAAAGUGUUACUGUCAAUAUGCUCUCUGCUGUGUGAUCCUAAUCCAGACGAUCCACUUGUACCGGAAAUAGCAAGGAUAUACAAAACUGAUCGUGAGAAGUACAACGAAUUGGCACGUGAAUGGACGCGCAAAUAUGCCAUGUGAUGCGCCAAUUUUCGUUGACCUCAUCCGAACGCCACCAACGAGCAGCCCCAGCCUAAAAUGCCACUUUUAUCGUUCAGCACCGAUUACGAAGUAGCUAUGUGGCUCGUCCUGUCUUAAAACCAACUGAGAGAAAAAGAAAAAAAAACAAAUAAUUAAUCAUGAUCAAUUCGAUUUUAUUCGAGGGCUCCUCUGUUACCCCCCUCCACCCAUUACCCCCCCCCCCCCUUUCUUUCUCAAUUUCGUUGAGUGUUCAGGGCGGUUAUCUCAAUUCCGACGAUUUUUAAAAUCAAAACCAUCAUGAGGAUUUUUUUUCAUAUUUUUUUUUAUUAUUUCUGUCCUGAAUACCCUGCGGGACUUUAAGACGACGAAUUCUAUGGCUACUCUGGCAAUUUUCUUCUUUUCAAAAGGUGGUCACGUAAACAUUAUAUAUCUGAAAACUGAGAUAAAUUAAAGAAAAAAAAUGAUAAAAAAUGAAAAAAAAAUGUUCGCUUUGAUUUUUCAUAUUAAAACAAAUUUGAAUUAAGAAACAAUUUUGAAAACUGAGUAAAAACCGGUACAACAAUAUUCACAACACAGACACAUAGGAGAGUGAAAGUAGGAUUUGUAUUUGAUGAUAAAAAAAGCAGAAAAUGGAAGAAAACUGAACCCAAAAAAAACAACUUAAGUAAUUUAAUUUCUACUGAUUGUGCUUAUCUUAUUGUAUAUCGUAAAUAUCCCUACUUUCUUCAGUGAAAAUGAAGCAACUUCGAACCUGACAUCACACCGAUCGUUAAUUAGACAAUGAGAGAAAUUAUGAAUGAAAAUUGAAUAAUUCGCAGUUAAAUCAUCUGCCCGUCCCGUUGAAAACGAUGCGGUCAAUUUUUUUGUAAGACUGGGCUCUAUAUAAAUACUACUAUAACUCUAUCAAUUUUGUUUAAUUAUUAAAAUUCCUUCCACCACAGUUUAAUUCAAUAAAAUUAGAUGGAGUCGACGAUAAUUAGAAUAACAAAUUAGAAUCAUUGUGACGCGGUUUUGAAGGUGUGGAAAAAAAUCAUAAUUUAAUUGUUAAUUUACAAUUUCAUAGGUUGAACGGCAAAUUGGACUAGGGGCACUUGGCAUAAGAACAAUUGUAUUUAAUUAAUAAAAUAUUUUAAUUGAAAUUUAA